GGGCGGGUCUCAGCGGAGCUUUCCGUCGUCUCUGCUCGCUCGCGCCGUGGCACAGCAGCUGAAGCGCACUCGAGAGCGGAGUGGCGUGCGCCUCUCUGUCACCUUCUCAAGCACCCAACCGCGUGAAGGAGAACUAGGGCGACAAGUGGGGGGUCAAGGCGGCAGCGCAAAAAGCACAGAAAGUGCUUCCUUCCUUCCCUGCUCCCUCCUUCCCGUCUUUCACUCUCUCCAGUGCAGCGCUUCUCUUAUCAGUGCGUUCAGUCGUCGGUUAUCAUGGCUUCAACGACAACCUGUACCAGGUUUAGCGACGAAUACCAGCUGUACGAAGAGCUCGGGAAAGGAGCCUUCUCAGUUGUGAGGAGAUGCAUGAAGAACUCGACGGGACAAGAGUACGCUGCCAAAAUCAUCAACACCAAAAAGCUCUCCGCCAGGGACCACCAGAAACUGGAAAGAGAAGCCAGAAUCUGCCGCCUGCUGAAGCACCCCAACAUCGUGAGACUCCAUGACAGCAUUUCCGAGGAGGGCUUUCACUACCUAGUCUUUGACCUAGUCACCGGAGGUGAAUUAUUUGAAGAUAUUGUAGCGAGAGAAUAUUAUAGUGAAGCUGAUGCCAGUCAUUGCAUUCAGCAGAUCCUGGAGGCUGUGCUACAUUGCCAUCAGAUGGGCGUGGUCCAUCGGGACCUCAAGCCAGAAAAUUUGCUAUUAGCUAGUAAGUUAAAGGGUGCUGCCGUGAAGCUGGCCGAUUUUGGACUUGCCAUCGAGGUUCAAGGAGACCAGCAGGCUUGGUUUGGCUUUGCUGGGACUCCUGGUUAUUUGUCACCGGAAGUGUUAAGGAAAGAUCCUUAUGGAAAACCCGUGGACAUGUGGGCUUGUGGAGUCAUCCUGUAUAUUCUACUGGUGGGCUACCCUCCAUUUUGGGAUGAAGACCAGCACAGACUGUACCAGCAGAUCAAGGCUGGCGCUUAUGACUUUCCGUCCCCAGAGUGGGACACUGUGACCCCGGAAGCCAAAGACCUCAUCAAUAAAAUGUUAACAAUCAACCCGGUUAAGCGGAUAACCGCGGCGGAGGCCCUCAAGCACCCCUGGAUCUGCCAACGCUCAACUGUCGCUUCCAUGAUGCACAGACAGGAGACGGUGGACUGCCUGAAGAAAUUCAAUGCAAGACGAAAGCUGAAGGGCGCCAUCCUGACCACCAUGCUGGCCACCAGAAACUUUUCAGCAGCGAAAAGUUUGCUGAACAAGAAAGCGGAUGGCGUGAAGAUCAACAACAAGGCCAACAUAGUUACCAGCCCUAAAGAGCCCGUCGCCACGCCAGCCCUGGAGCCCCAAACCACCGUAAUCCACAAUCCUGCUGAUGGAAAUAAGAAAUCCUGCUGCUUCCCGACAAAAGAGUCGACAGAAAGUACAAACACCACCAUUGAGGACGAAGACGUGAAAGGGCGCAAACAGGAGAUCAUUAAAGUGACAGAGCAGCUGAUCGAGGCCAUCAACAGUCGCGACUUUGAGGCCUACACGAAGAUCUGUGACCCUGGACUGACUGCGUUUGAACCCGAGGCCCUGGGCAACUUGGUUGAAGGCACCGACUUUCACAGGUUCUACUUCGAAAACGCUCUGUCCAAGGGAAACAAGCCGAUCCACACCAUCAUCUUGAACCCCCACGUGCACCUGAUUGGCGAGGACGCCGCGUGCAUCGCUUACAUCCGGCUGACCCAGUACAUCGACGGGAACGGCAUGCCCAAAACGAUGCAGUCUGAGGAGACCCGGGUGUGGCAUCGCCGUGACAGCAAGUGGCAGAACAUUCAUUUCCAUCGCUCGGGCUCGCCCACGGUGCCCAUUGAGUAAGUUGCCGUGUGCCCAGCCAGCGCUGCUCUGCCUCCUCAUCUGUCACAAGUGAACCUGCGAGGCUCUCCUGUCCCCAAUGUCCCCCCCAUCCUGUGUCUGUCCCACCUCCGCCUGUCAUAUUUACAGUUAUCUGAAGGAAAUGUUCCACGUCAAGACCCCUGGGAGAGGAAAGAUGAGGGCGAGUAACACAAUUCACGAAAAUCUGAAAAGGAAUCACGAACAGUCAGUUAGGAUUAACCAGGGUGCCACAUUCGGGUGGCAACCUUUAAGUGACAAACACGGGUAGUGAAGAUGAGGAUCUCAAACUUCUCACAAGCCAGAUGAUGAGAAAGAAGGCGGUCAGCGAUUUAAUUUGAACGGGACGGUCAGGCAGGCAGCUGCGAUUUUUAUAUAUAAAAAAAAGAAGGAAGUUGUACCCGUGGGUCUGUCUGCCCGUCCCGUAGCUACGGGUUGUUAUGUAAAAGCCAGGAUUCACCUUCCUCAUGGUCAUCCUCACUACCCUGGUUAAUUAAAAACACAUCCAAUAAAAGUGAGAUACUGGGUGGGAAAAGAAAAAACGUGACGGGCGACGACGGCGGGUGGAGGGCACUGGGAGAGUCAGGUGGCCUACUGUCGAGGAGUGCGGCCUCGGGCUGGUGGUCUUCGAGGGUCUUGUGCCACUUGUGUCCGUUUCGUUUCCACCGUCUUGACGGACCUGGUCAGCGUUUAGCGACUUGUUCACAAACCUCAAGGCCUCCCACGUCCAUCAGUCGCCCGUCGUCUUUUAGUAUCCAUGGCUGUUGGCAUAUCGAUGGGAUGUUUGUUUACUGGCACUCACUAAUCGUCCCACCGGUGUGGCGGCCACUGCCACCAUCCCAAGUCCUGACCACGUGACCUCGGUGCAUUUCGUUCAGUUCUUUCCUCUGAGAGGAGGCGACGGUUGUCGGUUUUUCAGGCCUCUUUGCUUUUUCUUUUCU